CGAGAUAUUCCUGCAGGUGAAACUGAGACUAGCUUGGUAUUGAGCCUGAGACCGUAGAUCUAAAUUUGAUAUAUGCAAGCUGACAGUUCAUGUUCAAGAUGACAGACGGUCCUCCAAAUCCAGCAGAAAAUGGUGGGAUUUUGUCUCAAACGUUUUUCUGUUGGCUGUUGCCAUUCUUCAAGUAUGGCUACAGGAACACUUUAGAGCAGCCUGAUCUCUAUCGGAUAUGCAACGAAGAUGAUUCCAAUUUCCUCGCUGACAGACUUGAAAGAAACUGGAACAAGGAACUCAGGGCACAUGAGAAUCAUGAAAAGAAACCCAGCCUCCUCCGAGCUUUAAUCAAAACCUUCAUACGCCCAGCAGCCUGUUCGGGGGUCAUAGUUUUCUUUGAGGAAUGUGUCUUCAAACUCCUUCAACCCAUCAUUCUCAGCUUCCUCAUCACCUACUUUUCUCCAGAGCCAAAAAUCACAACCACUCAGGCUUACCUCUGUGCCGUGGGGAUAGUCCUAUGCGGAGCCUGUGCUACAAUAAUGCACCAUCCCUACUUAUUUCGGAUGGCCAGGAUUGGCAUGCAGGUCCGCAUCGCAACCAGUGCUCUGGUCUUCAGAAAGUCUUUACGUCUGAGUCAUUCAGCUCUUGGGCAAACAACAGUCGGGAAGUUGGUCAAUAUUCUAUCCAGUGAUGUGAAUAGAUUUGAUACGUUGUUGCUUUACCUGCACGACAUCUGGAUUGGUCUUCUGCAGCUAAUAGUCAUUUUCAUCAUACUCUUUAACAACAUGGGGCCAUCCUGUCUGAUAGGAUUCGUCAUCCUUCUCUGUCUAGCUCCUCUCCAAGGAUGGAUGGGAAAACUUUUCUCCAAAUUCAGGUAAUACAGUCUAACCUGUUAAAACUCCCAUCUGUCUGUAACGACCACCUGUCCAUAACGACCACUUAAAUCCCCAGUGACAUUUCAUCUAAUUAAGAACCUGUUCACAACGACCACCUGUCUAAUGCGACCAGUGGCCAUUCAUUUCGCUUCCACUGGUCACCGAAAAUGCCCACAUUA